AUGUCGCUCGUGCAGCAUGUCUCCGCCCUUGAGGGUGUCGACCAUGAACCAGAAGCUCAAAUUGAUGAAGACUUUACGCCCAUUGCACGCAAGAUCAGUUACGAUGUGUUACAGGCACCAAGUCAGCCUAUGCCGGUCGAGGAACAACCACCAGCAACUCCUGCCUACAAAGUUUCUGCUGCAAAAAGAUUGAUACAGGUCAUCUUCACGAUUCUGGCGUGUUGGGUUGCGUCAGGUAUCUUGUUUGGAUAUGCCGCACUGAAGCCGGUCCUGGUGCAGGAGGGUGUCUAUCACGAUCAAUGUACCGAUAAAGAACUACAAGAAGGGGUCGAACUUUGUAUACAGCAGGAUUUGAGACUCAACCUCUGUUUCACCAUUGCGUCGAUCACCGCCAAUGUCUCAGCUUUGCCUGUUGGGACGAUCCUCGAUCACUAUGGAUCGAGGAUUUGUGGCCUGAUUGGCAGCGUACUUCUUGCCAUCGGCAGCCUCUUCAUGUCAUUUUCAUUCAUUUGGCCUGAGUUCCACGGAUUCAUUGCGGGCAACUUCUUCCUAGCAUUUGGGGGGACUUUUAUUUUUGUUCCAUCUUUUCAAAUUGCAAAUGCAUUUCCCAAGCAUGCAGGCUCUAUCGUCGCGCUUGUGACAGGAUCAUUUGAUGCUUCUGCCGCCGUCUUUCUUCUCUAUCGCCUUGUCUACGAGGCAUCGGCCCAGAAAUUUACCCCCGAUAAGUUAUUCCUAGGGUACUUGGCCGUCCCAGUGUUGAUUAUAAUCGCACAUUUGUCCUUCAUGCCCAAGCGGGACUAUUAUUCAACGCUUCGAUUGGAGGAUCAGAUUGAAAAGGCCGAAGACGCCACUCGUGAUGUACAUGAUUCCGAUCAUGAAAUUGACAGUGACAGGGAGCUACAACGGGUGCGCAGUAGGCGCGCCGAGCGCCGAAAGGAGAUAAUUGAGAACAUCAACGAAGUUCUCGGUGAUGAAUAUGAGAGACAGCAAUGGGCCGAGCGCGAGGAAGAUCGCCAUCAAGUCAGUCAGGUCUGGGGAGUAUUGCAUGGACUGCCAGCUCACCGGCAAAUGAUGACCCCGUGGUUCAUCUUGAUUACUCUGAUGACAAUCAUCCAAAUGGUUCGCAUGAAUUACUUUAUUGCCACCAUUCGAUCGCAGUACGAGUACAUGCUUGGUUCCGACCAGGAUGCCGAACGAAUUAACGAAUUUUUCGAUGUCGCCCUACCCGUCGGUGGUGUUCUUUCCACUCCUGUGAUUGGGGCGUUGCUGGAUCGUCUGAGUGUACCGGCAACCCUCAGUCUUAUCGUGGCUUUCACUACCAUCAUCGGCGUCCUGAAUUCUAUCUCUGCCAUGUGGGCAGGGUAUUUGACUAUCACACUCUUUGUCCUCUUACGCCCUCUCUAUUAUUCAGCCAUGUCCGAUUACGCAACAAAGGUCUUCGGCUUCGCAACCUUCGGUCGAGUCUAUGGAACGAUCAUCUGCCUCUCCGGACUUGCCAAUUUCUCUCAAUAUUGGUUGGAUUCAGUCACCCAUGGAAGAUUCAAUGGAAAUCCAGUCCCGAUCAACGUGGGCCUGGUGAUUGCAGGCUUCCUCGUCGGUGUUGCGCUUGUAGGGUUUGUCGCUGUAGCCGGCUGGAGACACAUAAACGAGGAUGGCAACGAGGGUGAGAGGGAGCCAUUGUUAUUGGAGGUGGACGAGGAAGAAUGA